AUGGUCACGCCCAAGCCCAGCGCCACUCUCAGCAAGCCCAAGAAGGCUGCCAAAUCGGUCAAGUCCAAGGCGCCAGCCGCCCCGGUGGCCAAGGAGGCCAAGCGCCAGCGGGCUGCCCCGCUGUCGGCAGACGCUCCCGUCAAGAAGAAGAAAAAGGGCGUGAGCAAGAAGGGCGAGGCGCUCUGCACCCACGUCGCGCGGGUCGGCGCCGCCGGCGACGACGGCGAGGGCGGCGGCUCUCUGUUGAGUGGCGACACGCCAAUCAACCUGGUGGUUGCGACCAAGCGGAUGCCCAAGGCGUGCCGUGGCGCCAAGGGCGUCUGCCUCAUCGUCAAGGACCCGCAGCGCGCCGUCAAGGACGCGUGCGCGGCCGAGGGCGUGACGGCAAAGGUGAUCGGCAUCGACAAGCUGCGGAAGAAGUGCUUCCUCCGCGCGAGGGCAAGGUACGACUUCUUCGCCGCCGACGAAGCCGUCACCCCCCUCCUCCCCAAGCUCCUCGGCAACGGCUUCUACAAGUCGAACAAGCUGCCGCUGCCGAUGCGACUCGGCCGCAAGGAGGGGCUACGCGACGCGCUGCAGCGGGCGGUCGGCGGCGCAAUCGUGCGACCAACCUUUGGCACCUGCUCCACCGUCACCGUCGCCGCGACGUCGAUGUCGCCCGCCGCCGCGGCCGAGAAUGUGCUCGCCGCCGUCGAUGCGGUUGCCGCGCUGCUGCCGGGCAAGUGGGGCAACGUCCAGGCGCUGCACUUGCGCUGCCCCAACUCGGUGGCCCUCCCGAUCUACAACUCGCUCCCCAUGCAGUGA